GAAGAGACCGCUCCUCGUGCACAGGAAGCGACAGCUGAGCCGGUAUCAGUGCCGGCUUUGGAGGAGCGUCUUUCCGAAUCGAUGCCCCUUCGACGAUCCGAGGAUGAGGAAGCUGGGAAGCAGCAGUCGAUGCUCCACAAAGAUACAUCAAAAAUGCUCCCCGAUGGUGCAAAAGGCUUCGAUGUAGAUCUCGACCCGGAAGCUCCGCUGAUGGAUGACGAAGAGCAAAACCUAGUGCCUGCAGGAAGCGACCCUGUAGAAGAUGCGACCGCGCCAGAUUAUCGUCAUGUCAAUACGCCCUUCUGGAGCAGCAUUGCUGG